AUGCUAGCGGAGGAGAUUAUCCCCACUGCGAGAGUCACCACAUUCCCAAACCAGAAACCGUGGAUGGACAGAUCGAUCCGCACUGCAGUAAACGCCAGGACCGCCUCCUACAACGCGGGUCUCGCCACUGGCGAUAUGAGCGCCUACAAAGCGGCCUCAUACGGCGUGCACAUCAACUUCCAAUGUCUUCAGAGACAAGGCAUCGAGUCUCCACAGGUGUUCCUGGUGUCCAGCUUUGAGCUCCACCUGUACAACUUCCCUCUCUUACAUCAGACCUUAGACAGAGACCUUCCUGCACACAAGAGAGAUGCUCUGCUGUGUGCCAUGCCCAACUUCAACCCAGAGAUCAUCAGGAAGAAGAAACAAGCUCUGAGGUCCAAAGUAAAAUACUGGGCUACUCUGUCUGCAGCUGGAGCAGCUGUUCCUGUUCCUGGUCUUUCUAUUGCUGUUGAUGCUGCUUUGCUGGUUGGUGUUGUCACACAUUAUGUUCAUGCAUUUGGUCUCGAUAUCCCGUCUCUGAAGAGACUUUCUGCCAGAACAGGUGUGCCAUACGCUGCUCUGUGUGAUGUCAUCAUUUCACCACUGGCUGCAGCAAAAAUAACUAAAGAGCUCCUCCUGAAGGUGAUAGCCCAACUUGGGUCCGUAGCUGCAUUAAUUGUAGCAGAGGAAGUGUCCAGAUGGAUUCCAUUUAUUGGAAUUCUAGUAUCAGCGGGUCUCUCUUUCACCACAACUUACAAAAUUCUGAAAUUGAUCCUUGAUAAGCUUGCUGAUGAUGCUCAGAGGGUGUUUGAAAGAGCUUUAGGCUGAACACAUCAGUGUGAAUUUGAAAGUAAAAGAUGAAUGAAACUUAAAAAAGUUCAAAUGAAAUUAGUUUAAAUCAUUAAAUAUAAAUAUACUGAAACCAAAUCAUGUUGCAGCUGCACAUUUGAGCCAUUAUCCUACUAUAGCUGAUAAAUGUAUCAGAGGCCUCAGCAGGAAUCAUUUCUUCUCAUCACAUCAAUACAGGAACAAAUGUGAUGUUAUUAUUCAGAUAUAAACUGCGUAGAAGAGCUACUGAAGUUUUUUUAAUCCUUUGUCUGAUUUGGUGAUGUCAUCACUGUUUACAGAUCAGGUGAUCUGAUAGUUACUCCUGAAACAUCAUCGUCUGAAUUUCCCCUGUUUGAUUUACUUUGUGAUGAAACUAUUUUAUUGUCAUAUCGUCGCUUACAGCUUAAUAAAUACUUUUAAUGCAGAAUGUUUGAACAGAAACUGCUCUGUGGUGUUUUUGUCCUGUUGACUGUAGAUUGUGAUGAGAGUUCACUGCCCUCCAGUGGCCACAGUGAGGAACUACCACACAAAUAAUACUGCUAUGAAUCCAAAUGUUAUUCCUGCUUUUAUAAAUAAAUUGUU